AACCAGACGGUGCUGUCAAAAAUAAACGUGCGAACGUGCCCUUUUUGGUUGAAAUUCGAGUAUAUUUUAUUAAAACAUGAGUGAUGAUGAGGAACAAAUCAAUCCAAAAUCGCAUAAACAACUGCUGCAGGCUAUCAGUAGUUUGGGAAAGACUCAACAUAUUCGCAAAUCGACACGCGAUGAACCGAAAUUGGUGCAAGAUGAAUUCCAGUUGGUCAAGGGAACAGCAGUGGUGUCGAAGCCAAAAGCACAGCCCGUGGGCUUAAAUGACAUAGUCCAGGUUUUACAAGGCACCAAGAAGCACUUGGACACUGGCAAAGAGCUUAAAAAAGCUGCAACCUCAAAAAAGGUUCUCCAUAAGCCAUUGGAGAAACCUGCAGCAGAACGUAUCAAAAGAACAAUAGGUUAUGAGGAUGUCAAAACUAAACUGGCCAAAUGGGACGCUGUGGUCACUUCCAAUAGAGCCGCCGAAACUCAAGUAUUUCCCUUGAAAUCUGAAACUGUUUACCUUAACACCUCGCUGUAUCGCAAACCCUUAAAGCAUAGCUUCAAAACUGAUUUGAUGGUGCAAAUGGAGGAGCUGGAGAAUAAAUACGCUAAGAUCAAACGGGAGCAUAUGGGUGAUAUGCAAGAUCCUGCAGAAUUGCAAAAGCGCGAACAAGAGCUUUUACAAAAGAAAAUGACAAAGGAGGAAUUGAUUGCCAAACGUAAGGAGCUAGCUUAUCUCAAAAUGAGGGAAGCUCAAAAGUCAAUAAAGGCUCGCAUGCAGAGCAAAAUUAAAUCGAAAAAAUAUCACAAACUUUUGAAAAAGCAAAAAAUGCAAGAACAAAUCAAACAGUUCGAGCUUCUGCAAAAGACUAACCCUGAAGCUGCCAUGGAAAAACUUAAUGCCCUUGAAAAGUCCAGAGUUUUGGAAAGAGCUAACUUGAGGCAUAAAAACACUGGAACGUGGGCGAAAAAUCUGCAAAUACGUGCCAAAUAUGAUAAAGAUGUACGCAAAGACUUGGCCGAACAGUUGCAGGUGAGCAGACAGUUAACUCAAAAAAUUAAGGAAGACGACUCUGAUGAGGAUGGGAAUAAAACACUCAAUAAACCUGAAGAACAGGAGGACGAGGGCGAUUACGACCCCUUUAAUCCUUGGACAACGGUAGGCAAGAGGGAAACCCAUAUUUCCAAGGAACAAGACGAGCAUACAAAUUGGCGUAAAUAUUGGCUGGAACGCAAUGAUAAUGAGAAAAUGCUCGAAGAGUACAAGCGAUUAUUAGAGGAAGAAGAAAAUGAGGACGCUAACGCCGAAGAGUCUUACAAUGAGAAAGAAGAAAAUUCAUUGGACCAUAACAAGAGUAGUGAGCAAUCUAAAAAUAAGUUGGAAAACAAAGCCAAGUCAAAAUCCAACAAGAGACCGAAAACGCAUACCAUUCCCACAAAAAUAGCUGAUAAAAAGCAAAAGUUUGAAAAUGGAUGGCUAGUUGAGGAAAUAGAUCCCAACGCUGUUAAAUCUCUGGACGAUAUUUUUGAUGCCCAAGAAGAUGCCAUUAGAGAGAAGCUUCAAAAGAAAUUAGAGAUAAUCAAUGAGAAGGGCAAAAAAUUGGCCAAAGGCAAGAAGAUUUACAAAAAAUCUUCUGGUAUAAAAGAGCAUGAUCCUCUACAGAAUUUAAAGGAUUUGUCAUUCAAAAAGGCUGCUACACGACCAUUAAUAGAUGAAGAGUUGACCAACGUAUUGGAUGAAGAAAACCGGGACACGGUUACGAAACUAAAUGAAACUUUGGAGAAAUCUUUGAAAUCGAAAGAUGCCGACUCAAACAUGGAAACAAAAGUCAAUUCUAAUGCUGACAGCAUAGACCCAAAUAAGUUGGCAGCUGUAAAGCUGAAACAAAACGCCAUAGGUUUUGGUGCAGUAAGCGAGGCCAUUGGUGAUGUUGAUAUAGAUGAUGACGACGAGGAUCACAAUAGGACGGAGCAACAAAUGACCAUUGCACAGGCCUUCGAAGAUGAUGAUAUUGUAGCCGACUUUAGUCAUGACAAAACUAAAGACUCUGAACUUAAAGAUGCUGAAAUUCAACUCUCGAUGCCUGGCUGGGGCUCUUGGGCAGGGGCAGGUAUUUCCAAAGAAAAGGCGGAAAGACGCAAUAAACGUCUUUUGCUUAAGCUAGCCCCAGAGGAGAAGAGAAAAGAUGAAAAUAAAGAAGGUGUCUACAUCAAUGAAGGUGUCAAUAAAAAAUUAAGAAAUCACUUGGUCUCCGAUAUACCCUUCCCAUUCACCUCCCUGAAAGACUACGAAGCAAGCAUAAGAGCGCCAAUAGGACGAAAUUAUGUCACGGAAACAGCCUUCCGUAUGCUCACCCGUCCAUCAGUCAUCACUCAGAAGGGCAAAGUUAUUGAACCGAUGGAUGAAAGCGAGCUGGUCAAAAAACCACGCAAACUUCGGAACCCCGUUGAUAUACGAAUUGCCCAAAUGGCCAAGGCUAAGUAAUGAUAGUUGCCUUUUUAUUUGUCCCUAGAACUCAAUUUUAUUGGUUUACGUAUAAAGUUGGAUUUAUUUUUCAAUAAAAAAAUUGUAUAUAUACAGUGCAUAUAUGAUAUAUACAAUGUAUAUAGUUCGCAUAUGUAUGUACAUUAGUCAGAA